AUGUCUUCUAGAAUAUCUUCUAGAAAUUUACAAGUCGCUAGCGCAUCAUUUAUUUUAAUUCAUUCAAUUUUUAAAAAAAAAAAAAUAAUAAAAAAAAGUGAAAGAAAAUGGUGGCAAACAAAUUUAAUGAAGUCUAGAGACAUAUAUAGUGGAUCAGAUUUAUUAAAUUGUCUUCAGGAACAGGAAAUAAGUGGACAGUACAGAAAUUUCAUUAGAAUGUCGUCUAUUGAUUUUGAAUAUCUUAUAAAUUUGAUCGGUGCAAAAAUUUCCAAAAAAGAUACUAAUUUCCGGAAAGCCAUUCCUAUGCAAAAAAGAUUGGCCGUUACGUUACGAUUUUUGGCAACUGGUGAUUCCUAUCAAAGUUUGCAGUAUCUUUUUAAAAUGUCGAAAAAAGUCAUUGGACAGAUUGUUCCCGAAGUAUGCCAAGCAAUUGUGGAAGCAUUAAAAGAAAAUAUACAAGUAUGUAUGCAUGUUAUAUGA